UGCGCGUAAAGCCAACAAAUACAAAACCCUCGGCUCUUUGUAAAACAUCGUCUAGGAGACAAGAAAACAGCAACAACAAAUGAUACUAUUUUCAAAACGGACAUUUCUUAAAGAUGCGACAAUGUAAUGAGUAAAUGCGUAUGCAUAAAAGAUGUUUCGAAGUGCGUUUUUAAUAAAAAUAAUAUGGAUUGCAAUAUUAUUUCAUGAAGAUUCGUGCAAACGGCCACCUAGAAUAGACCUCGGAUUUGUAAUUGAUACAAGCAUGAAUGCCGAUGACGGAAAAAGAGCAAUUCAUUUUGUAGAGCAACUACUCGAACACUUCAGCAUUUCGCCUGGUACAACAAGAGUUGCUUUGUACACAGUGGACGCACUUGUAACUAAAAAUUUCCGUUUUAAAACUCACGUCAACCGCGAAUGCGUUUAUAAGGCUUUGAAAAAAGUUGACUUUUCUGAAGAAGAUAAAACUGACGACUUUCAAUUAAUGCUGACUGCGGUGUUCGAAGAUUUUGAAGCUCAGAGUAGAGAUGUAAUUAACCAAAGACGUAUUUACCUAUUUGUUACAAAUGCUCCCGACGAAAUAAAACUUAUUGAAAAAAGUUUGAAAAUUAAACUUUCUGAAAAUGAUUUUUUUGGAGCAGUUUUAAUAGCUAAAGACACGUUUUUUGACUUCGAAAGUUUAAGAUUUAAGACUAUAUCAUACUAUAACAAACUCGAUAUACCCAAAAUACUAGGCGUGCUUAAUGUCAACAACACGCACUAUGGAGUGUGUCAAAAUGAUGGACCCUUUACAGACGAAUGUAAGAGACAAUGUACAUGCAAAAAUAAAAAAAUUAAAGAUUGCUAUCGUGUGAGAAAAGAAUUCACAUCUAUGACAACCAAAGAGAGAAAAAGAUACUUAAAGGCUUACAAAACACUCACAAGCCAGCAGCCGUAUAAAUCUAUAUACGAGCGCUUUAUUUUUAUGCACUUUAAGUACUUUUGCUGGGGUGUUCAUAAAAAAGACCUGUUUCUCCCAUGGCAUCGUUGGUUUAUAACCACAAUGGAAGAUUUACUAGCACAAAUCGAUUGCCGAGUUACGUUAUCGUACUGGGAUUGGUCUUAUGUUAGUGAAGAUCCGUGGAACAGAACAACAAUAUGGAGAUCGACUGACGAUGGGUUAGGUGGGAACGGAAACCGCCGUAAAGGCUAUUGUGUUCAGAGUGGAAUGUUCAGAGAGUCAAAAUGGGAAACACCAUACUGGGAAGAUCCCAUGGAAAUUAUAAUGAGUUCUGCUGACCAAAUAUAUGGUGAAAUAGAAGGUCAAUACGCCCAUUUAGCGUACUGUUUAAGGAGAGGUUUUAAAGGGAAAUCUCCAAGUAGGAAAAGUGUUUUACGAACACUUGCUCUGCCACCGCAUCGGUUUGAAGAUUUUGAUAUUCAGAUUCGUCACAACUAUCACGAUAGAAUGCACAACAUUAUUGGUGGUACUAUGAGUACUCAUUAUGCAGCUAACGCACCUGAAUUUUUCUUGCAUCAUGCUUUCCUAGAUAAGAUUUGGUACACGUGGCAAUCAAAAAGUUCAAAACACAAGUUUGUCCAUUUCUUACAAAGAAAUGAAACAAAAAUGAUGGGUUGCGGUUACACCCCUAAACAAUAUAUAAAUGCUGAUAACUUACCUCGUUGUACAAAAAUUAAAUACGAACCUUUUCCACUAAAUGAGAGACAAAAAAGGAAUGAAGAUGAUAUAGAUGACAUGGCCCGAAAACCUACAAAAUAUUGGCAAAAAUAUUUAAAAGAGAGUUGGUAUGGAAACUUUCCAUCAUGUAAAAGAAGCGACGCAGAAAGAAAAAGAGCUAACUAUCUUCACAAAACUUUAGAUCUUUAAAAAAAGAGUUUUGGGAAUUAACUGAUUAUAGCUAAAUAUAUCAAAAUAAUACAUAGUCGUCGCAAAAUAUUAUCAAUCUGGUAUAGAAUUAUAAAUGGCGCCGUUAUACAGUUUAUAUUGAUAAACAAAUAAUAAGAAAUGAUACCAAAGUAAGAUCUUAAAACAAAAUAAAAUGCAAUCGAGAUCAUUUUUA